AUGCCAGUGUUUUUACAUAAUACUACCUGUACCAAAGAUCUCAACUGCUCAAUCACGCUAGCUCGCACACCAGCGGGUUUUAUUGUCUUCACGCACACAGCGCCGGGCGCGCUUAUGUGUGAGUGGGUUCAACACGCCACCUCGUACUCACAGAAGUUGCCGCCAUUACAACUACAGACGGAGUCGCACGACGAUGCCCGACGCGGUGUUAGGAAUGCAGCGCAUUCGGCGUGUUUCACGUCGCCUAAUUCCUUGAUACCAAAAAAUAAAAAAAAAAUAAACAACAGCCGUCAAUCAAAAGCGUACGGAGCUCAGUUUGAAACGAGAUGGCGCGGUGACAAGGUGGCCUACAUGCCGGUGGCGCUGGGCUCGCUCGGCGGUGAGGGCGAGUACCGCGAGUACCACCACCUCUCGCCGCACCACCACCAGAUACAGUACCAUGAGUACCCUCCGCCGAUAUACCACCCCAUGCCGGACCCCUACUUUAGAAGGCACGCACCCUACUUCGGGCAGCCAGACUACAGAGUAUAUGAACUCAAUAAACGAUUACAACAGAGGACAGAGGAAUCUGACAACCUCUGGUGGGACGCGUUCGCGACAGAGUUCUUCGAGGACGAUGCGACGCUCACACUCACAUUUUGUUUAGAAGAUGGACCUAAAAGAUACACAAUAGGAAGGACGCUUAUACCGCGUUACUUCCGAAGCAUAUACGAAGGUGGCGUCUCGGAGCUGUACUACACCAUGCGCCAGCCGAAGGAGUCCUUUCACAACACUAGCAUCACCCUCGACUGCGACCACUGCACCAUGGUCACGCACCAUGGAAAACCUAUGUUCACUAAAGUGUGCACAGAGGGCCGCCUGAUCCUGGAGUUCACGUUCGACGACCUGAUGCGGAUCAAGUCGUGGCACCUGGCGGUGCGCGCGCACCGCGAGCUCAUCCCGCGCCAGGCGGUGCACCCGCCCGACCACGCCGCGCUCGACCAGCUCGCCAAGAACAUCACCCGCCAGGGCAUCACCAACUCCACGCUUAAUUAUUUGAGGCUAUGCGUGAUCCUGGAGCCGAUGCAGGAGCUGAUGUCCCGGCACAAGGCGUACGCGCUCUCGCCGCGGGACUGCCUCAAGACCACGCUGUUCCAGAAGUGGCAGAGGAUGGUGGCGCCACCUGAGUCGCAGCGGCCGGCGAGCAAGCGGCGCAAGCGCAAGGGCAGCGCCGGCGCCAACGCCGCGCCGCCCGCGCCCGCCAAGAAGCGCUCGCCCGGACCCAACUUCAGCCUCGCCUCGCAGGACGUGAUGGUGGUGGGCGAGCCGUCGCUGAUGGGCGGCGAGUUCGGCGACGAGGACGAGCGGCUCAUCACGCGGCUGGAGAACACGCAGUACGAGGGCGACGGCGUGGAGUGGAGCGCGCCGCCGCCCGCCUCGCCCGCCAAGACGCCGCCCGGCACGCAC